AUGUCAUAAUAAGAAAAUUGUAGCAUUUGCUUCGAGGAUUAUGUAGAUCCUAUUAAAUUACCUUGUAAUCAUAUUUUUUGUAGAGAAUGUAUAGUAGUUGCACUAGAAGUAUAUUUAUUUUAUAAAAAUUUAAGCAAAGGCAAAGUUGUCCAAUUUGCAGACGUUUAUGCUGUAACUACAUAAACUCACGAUUUCUUUCCAUUACUGAACCUGAAGAAAUAAUGCAUGAACACUAAGGGGAACCUUGCUUCGUUUACAGAAUUACUAUACAUCAAAAUACUUAAACUUAAUUUAAUUUCUUUGAAAAAAGGUAUGAAGUAAUAUAAAUUUGUAGAUAUGUGGAAAUGAUUACAGAAGUAUUAAAAAAAAACUUGACUUUUAUAAUUGAUCCUCAAUACAAUGACAAUUGCAUAAGAGUAAAACUAAUUGAAUGUGUACCAGUUCAUGAACAUUCAGUAUACACUUGCACAGUUUAGAAUAUUCAACGUCUUAAAAUAAUUGGUUUUUCUGAAAGAAAAAUAUAGGAUUCUAAUUCUGUAUAUAUUAUAAAUAAUAUUUAGAAACUAAAAUAUGCAACUACACAAUCAAUAAUUGACAAUUUCGAUUAAGAAACAUUAAUACUCUACUAGAAAUUACAUGCAUGUAUAGAAAAAAUAAUAGAAAUAUUAUCUUUGAAUGAAAAUGCUAAAAACCAAAUAUUGGCUUUGGCUGGUAAAAAGGAUGAAGUCUAACCAGAAUAAAUAUCUAAACAUUCAUUAGAAUUAUUACAAACCAUAUAGAUGUGUGAAAAUGGACUUUUAAAAUGGUAUUAUAGUACAGACAUAAAUGGAAGACUAGGAGUUAUUCUUAAACAUUAUGAAUCCUAUCUGAAUUAUUGCUAGAAUUAAUGA